GAGGCGGAAGUAAUCCGAUAAAGCAGUGAUAGCUUGACAAGCUAUGUCUUGAAACAAAAACGUCUUAAAGUUUGUGUAAUUGAUGUUUUAUACUGAAUGCAUUCGUGAUGGUAUGGCUUCCUCGUGUUUGCUUUGAACCAGUCUGAUUAUUUCUAACUGGAUUGUGCUGGACGGAGUGUAAUUAUCAAAGCAAAGUGGAUGGGCUGUAACCCGCCGUGGAGCUAAAGCAGCUAACAGCAGAAAUCAAAUAAGCGUUUUUGAAGUACAAGCUUUUAAGGUUCAUGAUUUACAGCUAUAAGUCGAGUCGAUAAGACUCUAAGGAGGACCACAUCGUCUAUGGACACUUCCUCUAAUCCUUGUCCAGCUGAGGUCCGAGAGACUGAGGACGGUGUGAACCCAGAACUAAGGCAGUAGUAAUACAGAAGAUCAAGGUUAUGUGACCGAAACCUGAAGCGAGGAUGUCCGAGAUGAAGGUUGAGACAGAUGACCCCAGAGGGCUCAGUUUGGAGCCCCCCAAACCUGCAGCAUCCACGACAGAAUACGGCAAAGAUCUCAGUAAAUUCUGUAUAUCUGAGCAAACUAAUUUUAUAUCAAACCAUCAGAUUCAAGUGGCAAAAUUGAGUUUCACCCAAGCACAAAAAACUAUCAGACGUUGGAAAUUAAAGAAGAGGUUACCCAUGAUUGGAGCUCCAGUUUGAACCAACAGGACCAAGAGCCCCCAGUCAUAAAGGAGGAAGAGGAGGAACAGUGGAUCAAUCAGGAGGAAGAGCAGCUCAUUGUGAAGAUUGAAGAUGAGGAGAAACCUCAGGUAUCUGAGCUUCAACAUAUCAAAACUGAAGACAGUAAAGAGACUGAAUCUUCAACAAGCAACACAACUGCGAAGAUGGAAUUUGAACCUUGUGGAGAGGACAGUAGAGGACCAGAACCAGACCGAAACUUAAAUUCACUUUGUUCUUUUCAACAAAGUAAGAUGAAGGUUCACAAAAGAGGUAAAAGAUCUAAACUGUGCUCCAAACUUACUGCUCAGAUUAGAGUCUAUGCAGGAGAAAGGCCAUUUGGUUGCAAUGUUUGUGGCAAAAGAUUCAAAAAUAAGACUCAUAUUCGAUUACACAUGAUGAUUCACACUGGAAAGAGAGAAUAUUGCUGUAAUCUUUGUGGUAAAGGAUUUAAAGAAAAGCACUGCCUUCAGGUACAUAUGAGGCUUCAUACCGGAGAGAGGCCAUUUGCAUGUGAUGACUGUGGUAGAAGGUUCCACGCAAAAACAAAUCUUAAAACUCACAUGAAAGUCCAUUCAGAAGAAAAACCAUUUUCCUGCGAUGUUUGUAGUACAAGAUUUAAAAGGAAGGAGACACUGAAGAAGCACACGAUGAUCCACACUGCAGAGAAAACCUUCUUUUGUAGUAUUUGUGGGAAAGGCUUUUCAUUACAAAAAAGCCUGAGGACUCACAUGUGUCUUCACACAGGAGAGAAACCAUUUGUUUGUAGUGUUUGCAGUAAAGGAUUUGCAUUACAGGAGAAUCUAAAGAGACACAUGUCUUCUCACACUGGAGAAAAACCAUUUAUUUGUGCUGUCUGCAGUAAAGGGUUUUCAUUACGACAAAAUCUAAAGAGCCACAUGCAUGUUCACACAGGGGAGAAACCAUUUAUUUGCAGCUUUUGUAGUAAAGGAUUUUAUAGACACGGAGACCUGAGGAGACACAUGAGUGUUCAUACAGGGGAGAAAGCGUUCAUUUGUAGUAUUUGCAGUAAAGGAUUUUCACAACAAAUUCAUUUAAAGAAUCACAUGCGUGUUCACACAGGAGAGACGCCAUUUGUUUGCAGUGUUUGUAGUAAGGGAUUUUCCCUGCAGGAGAAUCUAAAGAGACACAUGCAUGUUCACACAGGAGAAAAGCAGUUUAUUUGUGAUAUCUGCAGUAAAGGAUUUUCACAGCAAGGGACCUUAAAGAGACACAUGAGUGUUCACACUGGAGAAAAACAGUUCAUUUGUAGUGUUUGUGGUAAAGGUUUUUCAAAGCAAAAUUAUCUUAAAAGCCACAUGGAGGUUCACACCGCACCAUUUAGCUGCAAUGAAUGCAGUAAACGCUUUGUGAAUGAAAUCCAGUUAGAACGACAUGCAAGAGUUCACACUGAGGAGAGACCGUAUGGCUGUGACAUUUGUAAGAGCAGAUUUAAUCAAAAGGGUCAACUUCAGAAUCACAUGAGGAUUCAUUCAGGAGAGAAACCAUUUGUUUGUGAUGUUUGCAGUAAAGGAUUUUCACAACAUGGAAAUCUGAAGAGACACAUGAGUGUUCAUGAGGGCUGCAAGUAAUGAAUGUGAUGGUUGAC